AUGACACACAGCAAGGCAGGCGGCAAUUUCACCUACUCUGACUGGUGGCGGGAAGCGGGCGGCCAGCGGGAUUGGCUCACCCGCAAUUGCAGCAUACCCGCCAGAGAUGUGGUGGGAUUCCGGGCUCCAUACUUCACGUUCUCUGAGGUCCUGGGCACCGUGCUGCAAGAUCUUGGCUUCCUGUGGGACAGCAGCUUGACGGGGAAGAAUUGGACCCAGCCAGGCCACAUCCUGUCCGCUCCGAUCCCCUGGCCCUACUCGUACUGCUCGGGCAGCUUCUGCGGCAACUGGAGCUCACUGAGCAUAUGGGAGGUACCAGCCUUCACGCUGCCUGGCGAGGGCCCCGAGGUGGGGAGGCGGGUGGACCCGACGCCGGCGAUCAACAUGACGGUGCUGCAGCGUUUGCAGGCGGAUUUUGAAAGGAAGCGUGGCACCGGCAUGCCUGUCCCUGUCGCCGUGCACGAGCCGUAUCUCACGGCCAGUGCGACGCGCCAACAGGUGGUCAAAUUCCUGCAGUGGGCCUUUAAGCAGCCCAACACCUGGGCUCUCACGUUCCGCCAGUACAUCGACUGGCAGCAGGCGCCACCGGGGGCAGACGUGACCACCCUGCUUGCCAAGUACACGUGCGAUGCCAGCUGA